AUUAUAUAUAUACAUUAAACAUAUAUAUAUAUAUAUAAUUAAGGCAAUUAUAAUUAGGAACAAUUAACACUCACUCGCUCUGCCUCUAACCACCCCGCUCCACCACAAAAUUUGAAAUACUUUUGCUGCCGCCCAGACCUUGCGCCGUCUUAACCGGAAAUUAGACCAACAAUCAGUAAUCGAUUAAUCGAUCAAUCGAAACAACAACAACAACAAAAUGGGUGAUGAGUUGGAUAAGCGCACUGCCAAGGAGAAGCUGCUCUUCUAUACGACUGCCUUCUUUAUACUCCUCGGCACAUUCAGCUUGUUUGCCUUCCUCUUUCUCGUCCCGUUCGUCAUCGAGCCGGCCUUCACCACGAUCUUCAUGCAGUUCGAGGAGGUGCCGGCUCUGUGUGAGACCUACGACACAGAGAUUUAUUUCGGGGCAAAGAACUGCUCGUGGUCGUCGUGCCGUGAGGGUUGCACCAAGGACAUUUAUACCUGCACCCAGAUACGCGUCAACUAUCGCCUCAAUUUGUACAAUUUCACGGAUGAGUUCAACUUCACGGAGUAUCACAUCAAUCUGAAGGAAGCAGAACGUGUUGUUCCGCCCGUAAAACGUACGGAUCGCUAUGAGCGUGCGUUGCGCGAUUACGAGUAUGAUAAUCUCGGGCCGGGAGACAGCAAUACCAUCGAUCUGGACAUGGAUGGUGGUAUGCCCAUUGGCUCCAUGGGUGCAACGGGUCGUUUCGAGCAGCUCAAUUUUGGUGAUGCCGAUGGCUCGAAUGGCUAUCUGAUCGAGGAGUCGGAGGAUUCGAAUGGAUUGAGUCCCGUUGGCACACUCAUCAAUGGGGAGCGACGACCCUUCGAUGAGAUCUCAGAGCUGAACGAGGGCCUUAUGGGCGAUAAUUCCACGUACUUUUAUGUGGGCGCCCGACUCUUUCCCAAUGUGAAGGGUUGUGGUUAUCCGCCCAUGCUGAACUGCACCAUUUGGCUGAAGCGUUACACGAAGAUCGGCAUCAAGUUUCCCUGCUACUACUCCAAGGUUGAUCCCAGUCUGGUCAUCAGUGAUCUGGACUAUUGGCAGAACACCCUCAAUUUGGUGUACUCCAUGGCCAUACCCAUUCCGUCGUUCAUCAUCUCGGUGAUCUACUUGACGUACGCUUACUUUAAGAUCUACAAUGAGGAUGAGGAGACGGCGCCGCUGGACAAGAACGCCGAAGACAUGGACAUCGAUGAUAUCGAUGCCGUCGAUGAUAGCGAUGGUGCCGUUCUAGCCGAUAAUGCUGCAGGCAGUCAAAUCGUUAACAUGGACUCUACGACAAACGAUAGCUGUUUGGACGGUGUCCUGCCCAACGGUGGUCCCGGCAUGACCAGAUGCAUAUCGCAAGGUGCUGGCUCAAUCACCACAUCCGGCCAUUACAUUGCCCAAUCGCCGGCGGGCUCACAAAUGACGCCCAAUUCGGAAAUCAAUUCGUUUGGCCAUCAACUCAAGGUGCAAAUGGCCGAUGAAUUGUCCAGAGAUUCGUUGGAGAAUGGCGUACUCUCCACGUCCAAUUCCGUUCAAGGAAACUUGAGCAAGACGAUGACGACGAGUAUCUCAACUCCACCUGGGCCGACGGCGGCAGUCUGAAACGUCAGGCGCAUGGUCUGGAAAAUGUUCGAUUCCGAUUCGGAAAAUGAGCCGCUGCUCGAGGAGGAGGAGGCGCCCUAAACAGCAGCGGGAAUCGCCGAAUCUACAAAGAGAGAGAGAAAGAUAUAUAGAGAGAACGAGGAAAAACGGAGCAACCCAAGUAUUUCUACCUAAAAACAAUCGAUGACAAACCGAACCUGAAUACCUUCAGAGCUGUUAGAGACACUUAAAAACUAUGAUAGAUUAAACUAUAUUUACCUUAUGAAUUAACACACACCACAUAGGCAAAAAAUCACUCACACCCAAUCACAUAAAAUAUAUAUGUAUAUAUAUAUAUAUAUAUAUAUAUAUAUUGAUAGAUCGAAGUUAUUUUCGACUAAGCUUAACACAAACACAGAAACACACACACAUGACAUUUCCAAAUUACAGUACUUCAUCAUGCAUUAGUAAUUUCACAGAUACUACAAGAUAUGAAUAUGAAAUAUAUGAUAUAUGAUAUAUGCUAAAGGACGCAGAAUGCAGCUGUGCUUCACACGAGGAGAGUGUUACUUUAAUUGGUACAAAAUACAAUAACAAGAAGCUAAACAACAACAAACAAACAACCACAACAACAACAAGAUUAAGUACUAUAUACAACAAUACCUAAAAGCAAAUUAUAAUACUUAUACACAUACAUAUACAAAUAUUUACUUGAAUUAUUUUUCUAUUCGCAACAAUCGAAGUCGUCUGCGAACGUCUCGAAAAAAACGCAAUGCAAAAAAUAUUAAAAAAAAAUAAAUUAAAAAAAAAACGUAAUAAAAAUAAAACACGCGCAAAACUUAUUUACAAAAGUCGAGGAAAAUUAAAGCGCUGAAGAUUUUUUUAGAUAUUGUGCUACAAAAAAAGAUUAAAAACUGCAGCAAUGUUAAU